CAAAAACUUUGGCUAGACUUAAGAUCUCUGUAAAUAGUUUUCUUGAAGCGCGUCGUCAGACACUUUGAAGUACUUAAAAGUUUGAAAAAGUCAAAUUUUUGACAAAAUGUAAAACACAAGACUUACAAACUCAUGGCAAAUACUUAAAAAUGGUGUUAGGUAUUUCAACAGCUGCUGACUUGCUGGUAACUAAAGGAUGUACUGCCUAAGACGAACUGAUUUGGCCGUAGCAUACUUUGCAGCGCACGCGAUUAAAUUUUAGAAAAUGGAAAGAAAUAAGAAUUUUGCAAUAAGAGAGAAGCUUGGGCUCUCUGUAACUACAGCUUGUAUUUAAGUUAAGUCCCGAAAGAAAAGAGUUCCCAAUAGAGUCUUACUUUAAUUUACAUUCAACAUUUGAAUAGCUUAUAGCUUAAGGAAAGCUAGUAAAAUGCGCAGCUAAAACUUGAGCUGAAAAGGCGUUUCGGAUUGCUGGAAUGCCCUGCUAAACUUACAUGCUGCUGCUGGUCACAUAACUUAACCUAAAACACACACAAACAUUUCAAAAGCGGAUUUUGCACAAGACCUUGCCAUAAAAUAGAAAAAAGGGCGAGCGGGCGGCAAUGUGAGAAUAUUUAAAACUUGCUACGUGUUGUUGUUGUUGUAGCUGUGGCAUCUGGACGAGAGUGCAAUUGUGAAAUAUGCUAAGCUCGCAAUUGUGUGCGUAAAGAACAAGGCAAAGCAACCAAUUUGAGGGGCACCCCGCAUUAGCCCAACCACUGAACAGACCUGACUUGUUUCUUAAAGCAAACUAAACAUAAUAAGCAAAAGCGGCAGCAGCAGCAACAACAAUAUCAAUAUCAGCCAGAAGAGCGUAGAAAAGAUUGCGCAUCGCCCGCAGCGUCUGCAUGCGGUUGAGCAGCUCGUGUGGCACGCUCCACUCCUGCCGCAUUUGCCACACGGCGCAUGUGACCCAGUUAAGCAGAUUUGCUGGCGGACAGCAUACCAGUAGAGGACGCGGAUUAUUAAUUUGCCCGGCAUUUUAUUAAGAGGCCCCGGAAACAUGCGCUCCCAGCUCCCAGCAACGAUCUUUGCCAGCCUCUGCCUCUGCUUCCUGCUCUGCCUCGUCCUGCAGCCACAGCUGCUCCACUGUGCCACAGCGGCAGAACGAGGAUUGGAGGCGGAAACGGCCACAUCGUCAAUAUCAAGGAGCGACAGAAUAAAUGACGGCACAUUUCAUGAAAGUCAAUCAAAGAGAGAGGCGACAUUCACAAAAUCGGUGCCAUCAAUUCCGGCGACAACGCAAAUUGCCAAAGCAAAUGACGAGCAAACAGCAACAACAACAACUACAAAAACAACUAUGCAGAUAAAUGCAAGUUUGUCUAUUGCAGCAGCAACUGCAUUGCCCAACCACAGCAACAUUAAUAACAUUAGCAACAAUGAGGCUCGACAUGGGCAGGGGACAAGCGGAUACACAAUGGCCACAUCCGUGCCGGUGGUGACGGCCGCGCUGCAAGCAAAUCUUAUUAUGAGCAAUAGAAAUGUGGAGGAGCAGGAGCCAUUGGAGCACAAGCACAAAAUUACGCAGUACAACGCAUUGUUGCCAGCCAACAAGGGCAACAGCUCCACGGCAACAGUGGAGGCAGCCACAGCAGCAGCAGCAACGACGGAGGAGUCAACAACAACGACAACAACGACAACACGUCGACCAACACCGAGCACUACGCUGAAGCCACCGCCAACAAUAGAUGAUUACCAGACAAUAAUUAGCCAAGCGGGAACCCACGCCUACCUGCCCUGCAAUGUCAAGCAGCUGGUGAAGAAGCCCAUCUCUUGGCUCCGCAUGCGGGAUGGUCACAUCCUCACCGUGGAUCAGACCACCUUCAUAGCGGAUCAGCGCUUUCAGUCUGUAUUCUCUCCGAACCCCGAGCGCUGGUCCCUGCAGAUCAAAUAUGUGCAACUCAAGGAUGAGGGCACCUACGAGUGUCAGGUGUCCACGGAGCCCAAGGCCAGUGCGAUUGUACACUUGCGGAUUGUGGAACCUAAAACGGAAUUAAUUGGCGAAUCCACGCGUCACGUGAAGGCCGGAAGUCAAGUGAAACUGCGCUGCAUAAUUAGCCAGGCACUGGAGCCGCCACUUUUCAUUAAUUGGUUUUACAAUCAGAAGCAAAUCUAUUUGCAUAAUCGUCGCGGCUGGCGAACGGAAAUUGAGCGCAUCGAUCUGCCAGCGGAAGUGCCAACGAUGCCGACAGCGGCAACAGCGGUAACGUCAACGUCAACGUCUACAUCGACGUCAACGUCGACGUCGACAUCGGCUGCAGCAGAUACCCUAAAUGAUAUAGCGGCCAUAACACGUUCGUACAUUCUAGACGCGAUAACGGUGAGCGAUGUGGCUGUCAUCGCCGGAUAUGGUUACGUGCUGCCAACUAUGGCUACGGCCACGCCUACAACAUCCACAAUGUCAACGACGACAGCUGCAGCCGUUGCAUUUGCAGCAGGCGUUGCCACUGAAGCAGGCGCCCGGCUAGCAACAGCACCUGAUGCGCUGACAACAACAGCAGCACCAGCAGCCAUGACAACCGCAACAGCAACAACUACGGCCGAGCCAAGCACAACAACAACAUCGACGACAACUAUAGCGGCAAGUGCAACAACAACAACAACAACAACAACAACAACAAUGCUGCCAAGCAGCAGUUUCAUUAAGCAGAUAACGACCGCGUCGCUUAUCAUACCCGCCGUGGUGAAGCUGGACUCUGGCAACUAUACGUGCAGCCCCUCGAACAGUGCCCCGCGCACCAUUGUGCUGCACGUGCUAAACGGUGAAUACUCCGCAUCGGCCAUUAAAUCAGGCAGCAUCAGCUGGAAUACGCUAAUUGGUUGUCCGGGCUAUUUGCCGUGGCGGAACAUUUCAACGAUUUUGACACUUUUGUGGAUUAUUAAAUUUAUGUCCGCCAGAAAUGUGGCAAGCUGCAGCAAUCAUGGCUAUAACCAAGUCAACAAACACCCUGCUAUAGCGCUCCAGGGUCCAAAAUCGCCAACAAGGACAACAUGCACCUCAAUUGUCAGCCGCAGGCUCUGCGCACAGACUCAGACGACAACCCGCAGGCACGGACUCGGCGGUGACUACGACGGCAGCUGUGGCCACGUCAGCAGCUCAAUUAGUGGUACCAAAGUGGCCGAGGAUAAAACUUGAGCAAUAAACCACCGGCAACAGCAGCAGCAGCAGGAGAAGCAGAAUAACACAUGGAUGCUGCCCGCUGCAAACUUGAAAUAUGCCUAGAAAUUUAAGUCCAACCAAUGAGAUACAUUUGCAAAAUGUAGCUACGAGUAUGUUUUAACGUAGAUACACUACAAAUGCAUAAGCGAGCUCAUGUAUUACCAUAAAGUCAACAUAUUGCUUACAGAUAUUAAAUAUAUGUGUAUCUUUACAAUAUAUACAUACUUAUAUUUCCACUAACUUAUAUUUCACAUUUUAUCUUUUUGCUUUCGUUUAACAUAUUCAAUCUCUACCUCUUUGGGUAACAAAAAAUCAAUUAUAUGAAAACCUCUAGUGAGUUGUGUAUAUAUUGAAGAAAGAAAUUUUUGAGAACCAACUUUCAUUUCGAAAUCUUUAAGAUUAAGAGUCGCGUGAAAUGCGUUAUGGGUUGCGGUUGUAACAUUAUAAUACUAUACAUAAAAGGCUACGCUGAAUUAAAAUAAAAUAAACAGCACAUAAAGUAAGAUUUUUCAAAAAGCGGAAGGCUACUUUCUGCCGAAAAACAAAAUAUAUACACUUAAAAGAUAAUACAUAUAAAAUUACAAAAGAAAUUUGUAUUAAACAAAAAAAUGCAAGAAAGUGUUAUAAUGCACAAUGAAACAAAAAGAAAAUGCCGCAUUGAGCAUAAAAUAAUAAAUAAAUAGUAAAUGGUAAUAUCAUGACAGUUAUCGGAAAAAAUCUAGAAAUAUUUGAAAAGCAAAUAUCGGCUACACCUUUUACUUCCGUGUACUUCCCUUUAAAAAUAAUUUUCCCGAAAGCCUUCCGACAUAUGAGAACAUAGCUUUCUACUUACUUAAAACUGGCUCAGCAUGAAUUUGUAAAUAUAACGUAAUAUUAUGCGUAUUAGUUAAAAGAAAACUAAAAAAGUAGAAUUUUACAUAUAUGUAAACAAUAAUAAAUACAGAAUUAAAAAAAUAUAUUUAUAAAAAUUUACGAUCACUUCUAAGGAACUGUGUACAUAUGUGUGUGUGUAUCGGAUAUGUAAGCUACAGCGUUCUUUAAUAAUAAAUAAUUGAAGCAGCUAAAAUAAACAACAAAUUUAAAAUAAAUAAACAGUAACAUAUUAAGUACUACAUGCAAACCUUAGUUAGUGUUAUAGACUUGCAAAAAUAUGAAAUAUGAAACUUAUGCUGAAAAAUAAGUAGUAAGUGUUUCAAAUGUUUGCGACAAUUUCCGUUUUGAUGUUUGCUUUAAAAAUAAACAAAA